CAGAUUCCAGUGUUGUGAUGGAAGUGCGCGUGGAGCGGAGUGUGUCCAGCUCACGGACAACAAACUAAACCCCAACAGGAAACGAAACUGGGAUUAUUCCUUAUUUAUGCGCCCAUUUUCAUAGAGUAGAGCGUUUACAGAAAUAGCCUAGAGAGUUUAGAGUGUGUUUUUGGAGCAUCUGCAAGUAGCUUUUUACGCACGCGCGCGCACACACACACACACACACACACACAUUCCUGCGAGCGUGUAAGCAGAAGUCAGAGAUGAAGUUUGUGGCUGCAGUGCUCUCUCUUUCCCUCCACAUCACAGCCCUGAACCUGAAGGUGGUGGCAGGUGAUGUGUGUUCUAGCGGGAAGUUUACAUCCUCGGGUGAGUGCUGCAGUCUGUGUCCCACAGGCACAGGAGUGGCAUCCAGUUGUGCACAAGAAAACACUAAAUGCCAGCCAUGCCAAGAGGGUGUGACAUUCUCAGACUCUGAGGGACUGUCCAGGUGCCUGCUGUGUUCGCAGUGCCCUUUAGGUAUCCCCCAGCUGGCACGCUGCACCAUCACCCAAGACACCCACUGCGACUGCGGCCAGGGCUUCUUCCUGUGGAAGGGUCGGAAUGAAACCGAGACUAUCUGUGCCCCGUGUGCCGUGUGCGGCCGAGGAGAGGGUGUAGUGCGGGAGUGUAGCCCUACAGGAAACACCGUGUGCCAACCAUGUGGUCCAGGCACCUUCUCAGAGGAUAAAAGCUCCAUCAAGGCCUGCAUGCCAUGCUCCCAGUGCAAUGAGGAUGAGGUGGAGAUCAGGCCGUGCCAGGCCAGGUCAGACACGCUCUGCAUGGAUCGGGAGCUACACAUCUUUUCGAGAAAUGGUUCCGAGGGGCCGUGGGAGUAUCCACGCCGACCCGUUUUGCCUGACGAGGAGAAGAAGAACAGAAUGGUGACAGGAUCUGAAGCUCCAGACCUUAGCUCUGAGCACCAUAAGGGAGGCAACAACAUUCUGAUCUAUGUGUCUGUGCUGGCCGCCGUGGUGCUGGGACUUCUGAUCUACGUCGCCUACAAGUGCUGGAAAUCCUUCCAGCAGAAGGCGGCUCUGGGGAAAGCCAGAGCUGCGGAGCUGAACAACGUGGUUGAGGGCGAGAAGCUACACAGCGACAGCGGCGUGUUUCUCGACUCUCACAGCCUGCAGGAGAGCCAGCCGAGCAAAGGCAUUAAGCAAGACAGCAAGCAGGACUCGCGCUACAUUAACCUGCCCCCUCACAGGCAGGAGGAGGUGGAGAAGCUCCUGGGUGAGGGUGGAAGCCGGAACUGGAGGCAGCUGGCCACCAUGUUGGGUUACGAGCAGGAGCGCGUGGACAUGUUCGGCCGUGGCGAGGACCCCAUCCACACGCUGCUCACUGACUGGGCGCAACAGGACAGCGCAACACUCGAGCAGCUGUCCACUGCACUGAGCAACAUCGAACGACACGAUGUAGCCAAAGCACUCCAAAGUUCCCCUGAUCAAGGUAUUACCAUGGUCUGAAUUCAGUUCAUUGGCCUGAAAGAUGGACAACAAUGGACCCUAAUGAGGAAAAGAGCACAGCACUCGUUUCUGCAUUACAGGGAAAGACUUUACACUCCAAAACGUGAGGAAAAGAACUGUAUCCUGCUUGUUUUGUAUCGAUUUAAGUGCCUUUUUGCUCGUUUUCGCAGCGCUUUCCACCAAGAACGGACGCUCUGCUCGUCUUCCUUUCAAGACUGUUUCAGUAUUUAUGUGAAGAGGACAGACUUCCUUUUCGGAGUGUUGACAAGCCAGAACAAAACAUAAUACUGGCUUUGUAAUAGGAAAAAAAAAACCCUAGCCCUUUGUUCUUCAUACCACAUUAUAGUAAAUGUUGUCAUUCAGAGUGCUUCAGAUGGCUUUGGUUACUGCCUGGUGCUUGCAUCAAAUGCAGUGUUUCUGUGCAGUUUUCCACACUCACUCCUGCAGGAGGAAGAGCGUUUUCUUUUCAAGGCAAAAAAAACCCCUUCAUAUUACUAAUGAAACAUUCACUGACUCAUUAAACCUGAGCACAGCCUUCCAAUGUGUGACUCAGUUUUCCCCCCAAACAGUAACAAAAGUACUCACGUGCUGUAAAUGAAAAAAGGAAGCCAAUGCCUGUUUUCUGAGCAAACUAUGUGUUGUAAUGUUAGCAAGUAAUCAUGAAGCACUGUUUCCCUCUGUGUGUACACAACUAGAAAUGUAGCAGUGAUAGGAAGCAGCACCUCGUGACUGUUUUGUUUGUCCCGUCGAUCUUGAUAUUUUUUUCUCUUCUGUCUUUUAAUAAAAAAUAAAAACAGCCUGUGUGAGUAAAGAACGGGAGCAUAACCUUUGUACAGACUCGUUUAAAGUCUUAUAACUGUUAGGUACAGAAUCAAGCAUGAUGGGGCUUGCUGUGGAAGCAAAAUAAUAUAUGACGAAGUCAGGUGAUAUGGCCUGAAAUGAAGUGGAGUCACUGUUACAACCCUGAAGGGUUUUUAUUUUCCUCAAACAGCACCUCCAGGGUUGAUGGUUCGAUUCCCAUCUCCGCCCAGCAUGUGUGGAGUUUGCAUGUUUCCUGCAGGUGCUGCCGUUUCCUCCGCCAGUCUAAAUACAUGUCGUAGGCUGAUUGGAAUCUCUGAAUUGUCUCUAGUGUGUCUGUGUGUGUGUGUGUCCUGUAACGGCUUGGCACCCUGUCCAGUGUUCCUCGCCUUGAGCCCUGAGUCCCAUGGGAUAGACUCCAGACUCCCCACAACCCUGUGUAGGAUAAGUACAGAAAAUGGCUGAACGGAUUUAAAUCAGCACAUCCCAAAGAGUUUUAUUCUUCGCAUAACUUGCAGACAGUUAUGAUUUUUCAUUUAUUAACCAACAACUGUAUUUUAAAACUAUUUAUGUUUACAGAUAAGAGCAUUGAUUAUCAGCAAGACAAGUUCCUUGUAUUACAGCAGCUCCCUGUUACAGCAGCUAUAAACAGUUGUUCCCUGACCAGCUUCUUUCUCUUUUUCUCUCUAGUGGAAUAGACAAGACCCAAAAAAAAGAAAACUUGGCCAUUACAAUAAGCUUUUACCCAGAAAAAUUCAUUGACGUUAAAUCCAUGUCUUUGUACAGAAAACAUUUAAAUGGAUAUUUCACACCACUGCGUCUCUAA